AUGUUAAGCACUCCAUCUGGGUCUUCUGACUACAGGAGAUCCCUGAACGAAAACACUAUUAAGUCUUACUCUUCUGCGCUUACUCAACAUCAUUAUCCAACCAAAGAACAGGCAAUCAUAUUUCCAGCUAUCGAUAAUACAAAAAUUCAAGAAUAUUUAGUUCCACUUGGAGCUAUUAUUGAACCUAAAAACAUCCUAUUCUCCUCACGACUAUCUAAUAAUAGAGUAUGUAUGUACCUAGCAAGCAAAGAUAUUGUCGAAAAAUUUAUCAAUGAUCAUCGGGGCGUUAUUAUAAUAAAUAACGAGACAAUUCAAGCUCGCAAAUUAAUAACACCAUCAACACGCCUCGUUUUAUCUAACGUAUGCCCAACUAUCCCUCACACAGUAUUGACCGAACAGUUAGAAAAAAUGGGUCUAAAAUUGCAUUCCCCAAUGACAUUUUUACGAAUUGGCGCAUCUCUGCCUGAAUUUAGCCACAUUUUUAGUUUUAGACGCCAAAUUUUUAUAAAUCCCCCAGAAGGUUCAAUCCCAGAGUCAUUUGUGGUUGAUUACGAGAACACCACCUACCGUAUAUUCUUAUCCCAAGAUUCACUAGUCUGCUACUCAUGCAAACAAGAGGGUCAUACAGCGGCGGCUAACUGCAAAACUUCACCGCAAUCACAAUCACUUGGUAACCCUGACCGAAACCAUUUAUCCAACAAACAGACCUCUUCCUCGCAAUCCAUUACCGCAUGCCACUCACCAGCACAAAACACAUCAACAGAAAUAUAUUCAGAGCAAACAACAUCGCAGUCACUUGGCAAUUCUAACCCAACCGAAAUAUCCAACAAUCAAACCAUUUCCUCUCCGCCCUCCCAAAAUGUAUUAACAGCUCCAAACUCAGAUCAAGCAACUCUAAUCUUGCAACAGCAAGCCAUAAUGGAAACCGCUAAUAUACAACAGAAACAAAAACAAGAUAAUUCAGGCAAACGUACAUUCGAGGAAAUAGCUACCCCUCCUCCCGACAUAUCAGAUAAUACAGCAGGCACAUUAGUGGAUCCUUUUAUUAAACCCCUUCAAACCGUACCAUCCAAGAAACCAAAGAAUAAACAAGACACACCAACCGUGGUUCUUAUGGAACCACUCAGAACUGUGAUUUCAGAACAGAGUCCUCCAUUUGUACUUGACUUUGAACAAAUAUCCGACCUUUUUGAGAACACCUACGGAUCAACAGAACCUGUCAGCAUAACACUGAACUACACCAAAGAUCUUGUUGCUCUAGUAGACAUGUUAACAAAAAUCCAUCCUUACUUCAAACACAGAAGUAUUAAAACUAGAUGCACAAACCUGAGAAAGAAAAUACUCAAGCACCUUCAGACGACUAUGCCUGACCUGGAAAGCUCCGAAGCAGAGAGCGACUGUUCUCAAGAAUCCUCCUACUAA